AAAAACAAUGAACAUCAGUGUCUGCUUUAUUUUCUAUAUAAGAGGAAACACCUGAAGGAUUAAAGCAUAUUAGUUUGACUCUGAGGAAGAGACUGUUGUUUCCCACAAUCAGCGACUAGAGAAUACCAGAAUGCAUUAUGGUGAAACCUUCAACUACCGUCCUCCGUAGAUAUGCUCACCAACUCAGACCAGUCCCUCUCCCGCUCCCUCACACCCAACCUCCACUCUCCAUGCAGCUCUGGAGGAAAUAUACGCGUCCAGUCCUCCCUGUCCCUUCCCGAGCCUGAGGCCUGGAGGAAGCCCAGCUCCACCCCCCGUCACGGCCUGGCCCAGGGAGCGCGGUCCAGCUCCCUGCAGGUUCCCCACGCCGUCACAGAGUACCUGGGCCUGCCUCCUCGAGCCGCCAGCUUCGAUGUGUCUUCUGAUCGGGAGGACGGCUCGUCCGAUCAGGGUUCAGGGUCUCUGAGCCCCAACUGCAUGCAGAGGCGUCGUGGGGGACUCGUGGAGCAGAAAGACAUCAUCAUGGCUCACCAGGCUCACAAAAUCCAGAGCACGCCGCAGGCCCGCAGGAAGGAGUGGGAAAUGGCUCGAUUUGGAGACGAGUGCGCUCCUAGCACGGUGGACUCCGGGGAUGGAGACCCGGAGCUCGGCGGGGAAGGAGCGGACGCGGCUGCCGAGAGUCUCACCGCCUCCAUCAGGCAAGCCAAGGCGCAGCGGGCCCGGACCAUGGCUAUGUACAACCCCGUGCCCCACCGGCAGAACUGCCUCACCGUCAACAGGUCGCUCUUCAUAUUCGCAGAGGACAACUUCAUCAGGAGAACCGCCAGGCGAUUCAUUGAAUGGCCACCAUUUGAGUACAUGAUCCUGGCCACCAUCACCGCUAACUGUGUUGUGCUGGCCCUGGAGCAGCACCUCCCUGGAGACGAUAAGACCCCCAUGGCAAAGAGACUGGAGAAGACAGAGCCGUACUUCAUCGGGAUCUUCUGUUUCGAGGCGGGGAUCAAGCUGCUGGCCCUUGGUUUUGUUUUCCAUAAAGGAUCGUACCUGAGGAACGGCUGGAACGUCAUGGACUUCAUAGUCGUGCUCAGCGGGAUCAUGGCCACUGCUGGAGCCCACAUGAACAUCCCCGUCGACCUUCGGACCCUGAGGGCGGUGCGAGUGCUGAGACCUCUUAAACUCGUCUCGGGGAUACCCAGCCUGCAGAUUGUUCUGAAGUCCAUCAUGAAGGCCAUGAUCCCGCUGCUACAGAUCGGCCUGCUCUUGUUCUUCGCCAUCCUCAUGUUCGCCAUCAUUGGUCUGGAGUUUUACAGCGGGAAGCUUAACCAAAACUGCCUGCCAUCUGUCGAACUCCUUGAAAAUCAGACGGUUGACUCGUCAGAGUUGGCGUUCGCCUGCGGAGUGAGGAAGUGUCCGGAGGGCUACGACUGCAACGACACCUUGAUCGGACCCAACGACGGCAUCACGCAGUUCGACAACAUCCUGUUCGCUGUGCUCACCGUCUUCCAGUGUAUCACCAUGGAGGGAUGGACGGCCGUUCUCUAUAAUACCAACGAUGCUUUGGGUACCACAUGGAACUGGAUGUACUUCAUCCCUCUCAUCAUCAUUGGCUCGUUCUUCGUGCUGAACCUGGUUUUGGGAGUCCUGUCCGGAGAGUUUGCCAAGGAGAGGGAGAGGGUGGAGAACAGGCGGGCCUUCAUGAAGCUUCGCCGCCAGCAGCAGGCGGAAAGAGAACUGAACGGCUACAGAGCCUGGAUAGACAGGGCAGAGGAGGUUAUGCUGGCGGAGGAGAAUAAAAGUUCUGGGAGAUCGCCGUUAGAUGUGCUAAAGAGAGCGAGUAAGAAGACUGGUGCACGGAGAGGAGCGCCAGGGGACGAGAAGUAUACAGACAUGUCUACUGCCAGCAUGUCUCGAUCCAGGAUGAACUUCCGCAGCGGCCGGCGAGGCCCAGCAGCCUACCUGCGGCGCAAAGAGCGCAUGUUACGCAUCUCCAUCCGCCGCAUGGUGAAGACGGACACUUUCUACCUGAUGGUGCUCAGUCUUGUGGCUCUCAACACCAUCUGUGUGGCCAUCGUCCACCACAACCAGCCCGACUGGCUGACCAUCUUCCUCUACUAUGCAGAGUUUGUUUUUCUGGGGCUGUUUUUGGCUGAGAUGUUUUUAAAAAUGUAUGGUCUGGGUUUCCGGCUCUACUUCCAUUCAUCUUUCAACUGCUUUGACUGUGGGGUCAUUGUUGGCAGCAUCUUUGAGGUCAUUUGGGGUUUCUUCAGGCCCGGCAUGUCAUUUGGGAUCAGCGUACUGAGGGCGCUGAGACUCCUGAGAAUAUUCAAAAUAACCAAAUACUGGGCGUCUCUCAGGAACCUGGUCGUGUCCCUUAUGAGCUCCAUGAAGUCCAUCAUCAGCCUGCUGUUUCUCCUCUUUCUGUUCAUCGUGGUGUUUGCUCUGCUGGGGAUGCAGCUUUUUGGAGGAAGGUUCAUCUUUGAAGAUUACACUCCCACCAACUUUGACACGUUUCCAGCUUCCAUCAUGACAGUGUUUCAGAUUCUGACUGGUGAGGACUGGAACGAGGUGAUGUAUGACGGGAUUCGCUCGCAGGGUGGAGUGCAGUACGGCAUGUGGUCAUCAAUCUACUUCAUAGUGCUCACCCUGUUUGGAAACUACACACUACUGAAUGUCUUCUUGGCCAUCGCUGUGGAUAAUCUGGCCAACGCACAGGAACUGACAAAGGAUGAAGAGGAGGAGGAGGAGUUCUUCAACCAGAGAUAUGCCAGAGGCAGAGACGGCCUGAUAUCUGAUGGGAGGAGAAGACCCUACCUAUACAGGAAACGAGCCAUCCACCGAGGCAGACCUAACUUCCCAGAGGAGCCCGAGGACAGGCCGGCGCCCCCAGAAGAACAGCCCCUCAAGGGCCCCAAUGCCUUCGUCAGCCGCCGCGAGAGGAGGAGGAAAGUCCACAUGUCGGUGUGGGAGCAGAGAGCCAAUCAGCUGCGGAAACGUCGCCAGGUGGCCAGCAGAGAGGAGCUUUUUGCAGGCCCUACUGAGGACACAGAGGAGACUCCCGCCGUCGCCCUCCCCGCCCCCGAGGCCACCCCGGGUCACCUGCCCGAGUCUGUGGGGAUGCCCAUCCCAGAGCCCUCGAUGUCCGUCACCAUCCCCAUCCCCGAGACCCCGGCGUCAGAGCCUCUGGUUAACCUGAGCGAGGAGAAAACAGGAGGAGGUAACCACCGGGCGGCAGGCGGGGGCCGGCACAGGAUGGCCCGGAAGUUCAGACCCAGUCAGGGGGGGGAGGACGGGGCCCGGCACAGGAGGCACCGUCACCGCGACGCUCGCCCUGAAGCCAAGAGUCUGGACUGCACCGUAUCGCCUCAUGAGGUGCCGCUGGUCAAACGGUCCCACAGCCAGGAGGGGGUCCUGGACGAGAAGGAGGAGAGGGACGACAGAGAGGGGGCAGAGAGAGAGGAAGGGUCCGUCCAAGAGGAUGGGGGAACAUGCAUCAUCAACCCAUACGCAGAAGUUGGAGAAGAGUGUCAAGGAGAAACUGCUGACCCUCCCCAGUGUGAGCAGCUGCCGGAGCGUCCCUGGUCAGAGCAGGUUGACGGAGAGCACACAGACCAAACCCUCCCAGUGGAGCCCGCCCUAGAGGCCACAGAGUUCAGUGUGAGGACCAUCGAGUCUGAGAGCCGCCAGGUCUCCAUCAAGCGUGCCAAAUCCGACCCGGCGGAAAGUGUGGCCAUCGAAAUGUCUGCACAACCGCUGCUGGAGCUCAGGCCCAUGACAGUGAACAGCAAAGAGUUGGAGGCGUACAAUUCUGAACAGACGGACAAAGAGAACGAUACCGAGGAUGAUGAGGAAGAGGACGACGACGACGAGGAUGAGGAGGAGAUGGAGGAACCUCCGACUCCUCCCAAACCUGUAGCUCCAGACAGCAUGUUCAUCUUCAAGGCCUCCAACCCAAUCCGGAGGAUCUGUCACUAUAUGGUCUCUUUGCGCUACUUUGAGAUGACCAUCCUCCUGGUGAUCGUGGCGAGCAGCAUAGCACUGGCUGCUGAGGACCCUGUGUGCACCAACUCCGACAGAAACAAGGUCCUCCGUUAUUUCGACUACGUGUUCACUGGAGUGUUCACCUUUGAAAUGAUCAUCAAGAUGAUAGACCAGGGUCUCAUUCUGCACGACGGCUCUUAUUUCCGAGAUAUGUGGAACAUCCUGGAUUUCAUCGUGGUGGUGGGAGCUCUGAUUGCUUUUGCUUUAACGAAUGUGAUGGGAAACAACAAAGGCAGAGACAUCAAGACUAUCAAGUCUCUCCGAGUGUUGAGAGUUCUGCGACCUCUUAAAACCAUCAAGAGGCUUCCUAAACUCAAGGCUGUUUUCGACUGUGUGGUCACAUCUCUGAAGAACGUCUUCAACAUCCUCAUCGUGUAUCAGCUCUUCAUGUUCAUCUUCGCCGUGAUCGCCGUGCAGCUCUUCAAGGGGAAGUUCUUCUACUGCAACGACAGCUCCAUGAAUUCAGAGAAGGAAUGCCAAGGCUACUACAUCGACUACAGCCGAGACAAAAAGGAGAUGAAGAGAAGAGAGUGGAAGAGACACGAGUUUCACUACGACAACGUCUGCUGGGCCCUCCUCACACUCUUCACUGUCUCAACUGGAGAGGGAUGGCCUCAGAUCCUGCAGCACUCCACCGAUGUGACAGAGGAUAGCAUGGGGCCGAGUCGGGGGAACCGCAUGGAGAUGUCUGUUUUCUACGUGGUUUACUUUGUGGUCUUCCCGUUCUUCUUCGUCAACAUCUUUGUGGCUCUGAUCAUCAUCACCUUCCAGGAGCAAGGGGAUAAGAUGAUUCAGGAGUGCAGUCUGGAGAAGAACGAGAGGGCUUGCAUAGACUUUGCCAUCAGCGCCAAGCCGAUGACCCGCUACAUGCCGCAGAACAGACAAACCUUCCAGUACAGACUGUGGCACUUUGUCGCGUCGCCCUCCUUCGAGUACACCGUGCUCGUCAUGAUCGCGCUCAACACUGUGGUGCUCAUGAUGAAGCACCACUCGGCCCCGACAGCCUACGACAUGGUCCUAAAGCACCUCAACACGGCCUUCACUGUCCUCUUCUCUUUGGAGUGUAUGCUCAAGAUCAUGGCAUUUGGUUUGGUGAACUACUUUCGAGAUACUUGGAAUAUUUUUGAUUUCAUCACUGUUCUUGGCAGCAUCAGUGAGAUAAUUGUGGAUUUACAGUCGUUGAACACCAUCAACAUGAGUUUCUUGAAGCUAUUCCGAGCAGCCAGGUUGAUCAAGCUGCUGAGACAGGGUUACACCAUCCGCAUUCUGCUGUGGACCUUCGUACAGUCUUUCAAGGCUCUUCCUUAUGUCUGCCUUCUCAUUGCGAUGCUUUUCUUCAUAUACGCCAUCAUUGGAAUGCAGGUGUUUGGAAACAUCAAGCUGAACGAUGAGAGUCACAUCAAUCAACACAACAAUUUUAAGACCUUUUUCGGUGCGCUGAUGCUGCUUUUCAGGAGUGCCACGGGGGAGUCCUGGCAGGAGAUCAUGCUUUCGUGUCUGUCGGGUCGGGAGUGUGAGCCGGACUCCUCCAUCCCCCCCCUCAUGACGUCUCCGGACCACGUGGGGGGGUGUGGGACGGACUUCGCGUACUGCUACUUCGUCUCAUUCAUCUUCUUCAGCUCAUUUCUGAUGCUGAAUCUGUUUGUGGCUGUGAUCAUGGAUAACUUUGAGUACCUGACGCGAGACUCCUCUAUCCUGGGUCCACAUCACCUCGAUGAGUUUGUUCGCAUCUGGGGGGAGUACGAUCGCCUGGCGUGCGGUCGUAUCCACUACACUGCCAUGUAUGAGACGUUAAUACACAUGUCACCGCCCCUGGGCCUGGGAAAGAAAUGUCCUGCUAAGAUCGCCUACAAGAGGUUGGUGUUGAUGAACAUGCCUGUGGACGAGGACAUGAGCGUCCACUUCACCUCCACCCUGAUGUCGCUCAUCCGCACAGCUUUGGACAUCAAAAUAGCGAGAGGCGGUGAGGACCGCAUCGCUCUGGACAGUGAACUGCAGAAAGAGGUCAGCAUCAUUUGGCCUUAUCUACCGCAGAAGAACCUGGACCUUCUGGUACCGAUCAACAAAGAUACGGACAUGACGGUGGGGAAGAUCUAUGCCUCCAUGAUGAUAAUGGACUACUUCAAACUGAACAAAGCCAAGAAGCUCAGGCAGCAACUCGAGGCUCAGAAGAGUAGCCUAAUCUUCAAGCGCCUGGAUGCCUCCACGCUUCCUGAAGACAUUCUGUCCAACACCCAGACGCUGCCGACAAUGGCCCACAGCGCUGGCUCCGCUCUGACCAGAGGAGGAUUGCUGGCUCUGAGCCCCAUCUCACCUGAGGAGCUGUUUCUGCAGCCCAUCGGCUCUGACACUGAUGUUAACCAGGAUCUGACGGAGGUUGCAGGUGGCUCCAUGAAGCGUUCAGUCUCCACUGUUGCCGAUCAGCGGGUGAACGGUCUUUGGGAGGAAGAGCAAAGUCCUGCCAGACUUUAUCGACCUCGACACAAGAGCUACAAAGCUGCUGUUUCUCGGUCAGAGCACUGGCAUCAGGGCGACAGGGAGCGCGGCCGGUCUAAGGAGCGCUGUCACCUCCUGUCUGAUGCGUCUCGUGGAAACUCUGAGGAAAGAAGAUUGCAGGCCUCACGGUCCUCUAGUGGAGAGAGAGCCCACCCCAAAGAUAAACAGGGCAACAGCUCGGACAGUCCGGUGCCCUCCACCUCAGAGUCCAGCACCCCCACCGGCCGACGCCCCGCAGCAAAGAGCUCUCGCCCGCACAUCUCCUACUCCCCGCUGCACCCCUCUGUCGGGAAGGACGGGGAUGAGCAGCGCAGCCCAGUGGCCAAGAGGCGGGGCAAAGCCAAACGGGGCACCCAAGAGAGGGUCCUAGACGACAGGCGAGGCGAAGAAGAACAAGACCCGUCCCCACUUCGCCGCUACCCCUCGGAGCCGUUCCUGGCCUCCCAGGAGGGCGAGCACAGCCCGGACCCCUCCGGCCCCAUGGAGACGUUGACCUUCGAGGCGGCCAUGGCCUGCAGCCUGGGACGCUCAAACACCGUCAGCUCGUCCCGUCCCCGCUUGCGGACCGGCUGGCAGGUCCCCAACGGACACUUUCGAAAGCGUUUGGCGCAAACAACCUCUUCUGCAGGCUGUGACCCUCUCAGCGACACGGAGGAGGACGACAGGUGCUAGGGACGGGAGGCUCAGCAUGAGGGAGGAGGGGGAGACGGGAGACUGUACGACAGAGAGAAGGUUAAAGUGACUCUUUUUGCAACAGAGCCUCAAGGCCGUGAACCCAAAACGAAAAGAACAAUACUUCCUGAAACUGUAGUUUCCAAUUCACACAGAACACUGACAAUAAAUAAGGUAUAAUUCCUGACUUGUACUUGAUGAUAGAGAGUAAUAAUACAUCUGAAAAUGAUGCAGAAAAAAAAUGAAUGGAUCAAAUUAAAUCAUUUGUGUUGAUAGGUAUUUUCAUUUCUGAAGAUGUUUCUAAAUGAUUCAGUGUUGCUCUUAAGAGUAUUUAACUGUGGGGUGUGUGAAUAUGUAACUACAUUUUCUUAUAAAUAAUCCUUUUGUAAAUACAUUGUGAUCAUUAAGCCAUUGCCAUUUAUAAGAUGAGUUCAAUACAACAAGCCAUGACCAAGAGACGAUCUGAUAUUUUACCAGACAAUGUGGAUACUAAUAAGUAACACUCAAUAAUGCUGGAUUUUUUUACAGUAUGAAUGAAUGUGCAUUGGGAAAAACUGCCUGAUUCCCCUCGUCAUUUUACUUUUUGGUAUUGAAUAAGUUGUGAGAUAUGAAUACAGUUAUACAAUAAAAUAGAAAAGAUGCUUAUUUGUAAUUUUACCCUGUGUUUAUGUUAAACCAUGCCUCUGACAAAACUCAAACCUUUAAAAUGAACCUUCAAAACUGUUUUUUGGUAUUUUAACAGGUUUACUCCCUUUAAAUGAGACUUCCCCUACAUUUAUGUAUUUAAUACUUUUGGGGUAUCUGGGUAUAUUUACCAUGAACUGAUAUGAAAACAAAAUGAUCAUUCAUCUUUUCUCACCUUUUUCUUCCUUGUGAAUAUUGUAUGAACCAUUGCAGACGAUGACUGUAGAAACACCGUAGACAGACCAUGCCACAUUUGCUUCACAAAAUAACUUUAUGCUCUUACUUAUUAAUAAUGUACAGAGAAAAUAUGCUGUUUGUAACAUUAAGAGAAGAAACAAUAAACUAUCAGUUGAUGAGCUUUUAAGGUAAAGGAAUCUUUGGAAAUGUUCACUAAGGUUUGUGUUUUUGUUUCGUUUGCCUGAAAAAGGCAAACAAUCUGUGAAACUCCUGUAACCAAAAACAUGGGCAAUUGUAUUAUAAGUUCCUGGAAUGCAAAUACUUUGUGGGUGUUUAUGUGUACAAUAGUUGUAUAUACAAAUAAAGGUGUCCACUGUUA